GGCGGCGGCUCAGCGCGGCGGCGGCGGCGGCGGCGGCGGGCGUCCAGUGCUGCCUGGACCGUCGGGAGGGGAGCGCGCGCGCCGCUCCGGCUGAGCGCAGAGCCGUCCGUGGGGAAGUUCGAGCGCUGCGUUGUUCUGUGAGGGAAAAAGAGUGAUACUCUGGUUGUCGAUUAUGAUAUAGAGACGGACUGGUGUGAAGUCUGAUCGUGGCGUGUUCCUAAGAAGGAGAACCAGAAGCCUGGCAGGCGCCCGCGUCGUGUGUGGUCGUCCACGGCAGGUGCCGGCUGCCCAGUGGUUAGCUCCGCGCGCGAGUGUGAGACCGAAAAUUGCCACCAACGGCAGGUGCUAGAUGGUUUUGAACCGGUGCUACUGCGGAUGUCGUUUUUGAUUGCUCGAAAUAAGCAAAUGACAGUCAUUUGAAGGAUACCGCCAUCCAGAACUGACGUCGCAGUUUGUCGUGGAUGGUAUCCACGUGAAGACCUCGAUUCAGGACAAUCUCCGCACUCCCAGGAUCCACUGAAAGAGUCUAUCGAGCUACUCUAGUGACGUCACCGGACCACUCCAGUGACGUCAUGAGCUCGUUCUACGAGGUGUCGGUGCCGGCGGGCGGCGGCGCUCCGUACGUCUGGUCGGAACCAACGAACACCUCAUGCCCCGGCGGCGAGUGCGCGCUGCUGGAGGAGCUCGGUCCACCUCCGGAUAUGAUUCUGACGCUGCCACCGCCGCCGCUGCCCUCCUUCCUGGCCGAAUCUGCGCCGCAGCUCAUGAACCACAGCUGUGGACUUUGCCGCUGGGCGUCCGGAGGAGCGGUGGACUAUGUGGAGAUGCCGCGGCAAGGUCCGGCAAUCGACGACACGUGGUUCUUUGUCAUCAUCUGCGCGUGUGUUGGUCUCACCCUCUUCGGAAUCCUACUCACCAUAUUCUGCCUCAGGCUGAAAGAGCAGAAAAAGAGUCGACUGGGCCUGGACUCAGUUGACACCAACAAACCGCCGCUGGGCAGCGGUCAGUGUGAGGCAGUCCUGUACCCUCCACCGAGCACCGCCUCGUCUGCAGCUUGCCGCUCCAGCCGUGCCCUCUGGGCCGGCCUGCGUACCCGGGAGAACCACUACACCAUCGAGCAUGUGCAGCCGGUCGAACAGAAGUCCGCGAGCAUCACAGCCUCCAGUUUCGAGUUUCCAGACGACUACAGCUCGGUCGGGUACACGUCCAUCUCUCCUCAGGCGUACCGGGCUGGAAUCCCGGACGGCGUCCACCUCCUGCCGGCCCACGAUAACACAGCGUACGCCGCCUCGGACGAGGCCAUGCAGGUGACGCGCGUGGCGCCGGACGGCUGUGUGGUGACCGCCUCGCCUCGGGCCCGUCCGCAGCGCACGGAGAGCUACCAGCUGAGGAGGCGCAGCGACGACCCGCCGGCAGAGCCGGAGUACGAGGAGCACUGCUACGAGGAGCCACUAGCCGGCCGUCCUUUGGCUCCGGACGAGCGAUACCAGACCCCGGCCGGUGUCGAUCUGACGCUGCACAUCUACGAAAAGCCGCAGUUCCGCUCGGUGGGACGAUCGCCCAAGAACCGGCCAAAGCUGCUCAACAGCCUCAGCCGCAACUCGCCGCGGCCGCGACGUGCAGCGCCGUCUAUCUCCAGUCCCCGCAGUCUCGAGUUCCACCAGCUGCCGCCGCUGAAUGGACGGCAGCACCGUCGGACGGAGGACGGGCGUCUCCUGAAGUACACACCUCCCCAGGCACGCCUCAAUGUCUCCUACCCCUCGCCAGUGGUCUGAGAGACGGUUUUAGAGUUCCAGAUCAGGUUCACUGGAGGCUGCGAGGCUGCAGCUAAAUUGGUACAGACCAGGUGCAGAGAUGGUGCAGGCCAGGCGCCGAUUUGGUGCCGGCAUGGUGCUGAAAUAGUGCCGAAAUGGCCCGACCAGGUGCCGAAAUGCAAUGACCGCCAUGUACUGCAAUUGUGCUGACCAUCGCAGUGGUGAAGGCCAGGAUAUGUUAGUCAUUUUAGAGCUGGUCACCCGGUUGACUGAUGCUUGGACUCUCGAUGGUCUGUUCCAAGCCACUUCUGGUCUGCGAGCAGGCCCUAGCUGGCAAGACGAAGCAAUUACUGACUGUCAGACCCUUUUGUAAUGCAAAGGAAGCUCGAUCAUGUGCUUGGAUGAGAUGAAUUCAGGCGUUGGAUGUUUGCCCGACUGAGCCCGCUCUGCAACAAAACAUCGAGACUGAUGCAACUCUGUCCUUUGGUCGGUCAGACAUUGGCUGUUCAGUGUCGUUUGCUUUGUCGUUGCCUCAGAGACUGAUACAUUGAUGGAGAAUCUGGAAAGUAUAGUACAGAAUGCAGAAGAAAAGGCCAGGUUUGAGGAGUCGGACUUUUUAACCGAUUGUCACGCUGACUAAGCUUCAGGUGGCAUAUUGAUACCAAAGACGAGUAUUUGCGAUUUAAUGUGAUAUUGAGUGUAAUGUAUCGCCGUGUUCUACUUCUUGCUGUACCCUUUCAACCAGAAGUGGUUGUUAGCUAGUGUAACUGAACACCUUUUAUCCGCUUAAGCGUCAGCGCAACUGAAUGCACUAUUUCAGAUAAAAGAAACAUGAUUCGACUUCACUCCCUUUUUCUCCAGUUGUCGCCAUUCCUACUCGAGUGUUACUUAAUUGCCGGAUUUGACAGGUUAAUUGACCGGUGACGUCAGUGUUAUCGUGACGACCUCACCGUUUCGUUCCUCUCUUGUGACGUCACAGUCUCAAGUUAUAGAUGUGCCAUGCAAUUUCUGUGCGCCCUUAGUGUGAUGCCAAGCUAUGUAAAUACGUAAAUGGUAAACAAUCGAUAAUUGUGUCAUGCACAAUGUUUGGAUAAAACGGUGUGCAAUGUACAUAGAACAUGAAUGAUGGAUGCGAAAUAAACAAACUAGUCCCAGAAACA